CUGAUCCGCAAAUAUUAAACUUGGUUUAAUUCAAAUCGUAACUUAAUGGCGGUAAGCUUAUGGAAUAAAAAUUGAUAUAAAUAUUGUAUUUUUAAAUCGUUUCAAAAUAAUUAAGACCAAAUGACAAAUAAUUUGUUUCAAUGCUCUAUUUAUGCUCCUAUAGCAUGGUUUGUGGAGUUUCGUGACUGUUGCGCGCGGAUUUUACUGAUAAGAAUAAACUAAAAGAGGUUACGUGGAACUUGAAGCGCUCGAAAAACAUAACGCACGUUGCUGAAGACGUGCGCCAGUGAAAAAUGAGCGAUACCAAGCAGAACAACAAUGAAGGGAAAAGGAACAAAGGUUGGCUGACGCCAAUUUUUAUCACAGUCUUUGUUGUGCUUAUCUUUUUCAGUCUACCGGCUCCGUGUCAUUCGCACGGUCACCAUCACAAUCAUGAUCACGAUCACAAUCACGAGCCUCCGAGUUUCAAGUACUCCAAACAAGCCAAUCAACCUGUAGCUGGUGAAUCCAUGCAUGGUCACAGCCAUGAGCACCAUCACCAUGGACAUCCGGAAGAAAAUGAAAAACCUCAUUGGAGGCCUGAAUCUAAUUUUGCAGAGCACAAAGGAGAUGUCUUUAUACAAGCUAUGGGAUCAACACUUUUAAUAUCAGCUGCUCCAUUUAUUAUGUUGUUUUUUGUGCCUUUAGAUAAUACCAAGGAGCAUGAGUCUUUUUUAAAAAUAUUGUUGAGUUUUGCAUCAGGUGGACUCUUAGGUGAUGCAUUUCUCCAUUUGAUUCCUCAUGCUCUUCCUCACAGUCAUGAUCAUAAUCAUAAUCAGGGACACACUCAUAAUAUGUCUGUAGGACUGUGUGUAUUAGGUGGUAUAAUUGCAUUCCUACUUGUUGAAAAGUCUGUUCGACUCAUCAAAGGAGAUCAUGUUCAUCAUCAGCAUCAUCAUUAUGUAUCCGAGGAGAAUGAGGAUGCUACUAAAGGAAAAGAUAAUAAGAAGAAUAAAAAUGAUAAGAACAAAGAUAAACAAGUGGAAACUAAAAAACCUAGCGAUGAAAUAAAAAUUGCUGGCUACUUGAAUUUAGCUGCUGACUUUUUGCAUAACUUUACAGAUGGUCUAGCAAUUGGUGCAAGUUAUCUAGCUGGAAAUAGUGUUGGAUAUGUAACAACAUUCACUAUAUUGUUACAUGAAGUGCCGCAUGAAAUUGGUGACUUUGCAAUAUUGGUACAAAGUGGUUGUAGUAAAUGGAAGGCUAUCAUGCUGCAACUGGUAACUGCAAUUGGUGCUUUGUUAGGAACAUAUAUCUCCCUUCUCGUUGGUGGAAUGGGUGAUAUUGCGACAAGGUGGAUCUUACCUUUCACAGCAGGAGGUUUUAUUUACAUUGCCACAGUAUCUGUGAUACCUGAAUUAUUAUCUGAUACUAAGUUUUGGCAAUCUGUUAAAGAAAUUAUCGCUCUUCUUAUCGGUGUGUACAUGAUGGUACUAGUUGCAGAGUAUGAAUGAAUGAGACAAUAUUUAGAAAACGAGUUUAUACUGUUAAUUUAAAUACGUUUACACUAUUUUGUACAAUGUUUGUGAUUAGAAUUGUUAAAAAUAUUUUUCUUACUGAAACAACACAUCAACCCAAUGAAUUGAUACUAUAAUAAUAAGACAAACCAUUUUUCACAAUACUUUGUUUAUUUACAAUUGAUUUAACACGUUUUUUUAACAUCAACUAAGUUUCAUUUCAUAUAAAAGCUUUAAUAACUAAGCAUUCAUGAAAUCAAUGUACAUAUGUACAGUAUAUAGUGAAUUGUACUUAAAGACGUUUAUCCCAGUUUAAUAACAAAGAUCUGAUUAAUACUGAAAUUUGUGGUUUGAACACAAUGAAGGCUAAGCUUUAAACUUCCACUUGUUGCUGUAAAAUACACGUUUAAGGUGUUAUCUGACUAGAUUUGAUCUAUUCUUGUACAUGUUUUUCAAAAUAAGA